GUGUUACCUUCCUGUUAUUUAUAACUGUGAGUGAAGAAGAAAAAAAUCAGUCUGCUUACUCAGAGGAGAAACAGGCAAUGGAUUCCAAAAGGCAAGUGAAGCUUAAUGAUGGCCACUUCAUUCCUGUCCUGGGAUUUGGAACCUAUGCACCUCCAGAGACUGCUAAGAGUGAAGCUCAGGAAGUCACCCAAUUCGCUAUAGAGGUCGGGUUCCGCCAUAUUGACUGUGCUCAUGUGUACCAAAAUGAAGAGCAAGUUGGCCAGGCCAUUCGAAGCAAGAUUGCAGAUGGCACUGUGAAGAGAGAAGACAUAUUCUACACUUCAAAGCUUUGGUUAACUUCCCUUCGACAAGAGUUGGUCCGAUCAGCCUUGGAAAAAUCACUGAAAAAUCUUCAACUGGACUAUGUUGAUCUCUAUAUUAUUCAUUUUCCACUG